AACAGACGGGCCAUGCCUGUACUAGUCCGAGGGAUUUAGUUUUCGCAUAGGGUUUCCUUUCUCCCACAUUAUAACCGGAGUCGUCGAGGAGUCGCGUGCUUCCCCUCGCUGGUUUUCGGCGUUGAUCUCGUCCUUCGGCUUCGUUGGAAAGAUGGGGAGGCGACCUGCACGUUGUUAUCGCCAAAUUAAGAACAAACCAUAUCCUAAAUCAUGGUACUGCCGUGGUGUUCCUGAUCCUAAGAUUAGGAUUUAUGAUGUUGGAAUGAAGAAAAAAGGGGUUGAUGAGUUCCCUUUCUGUGUGCACCUGGUGAGUUGGGAGAAGGAAAAUGUUUCCAGUGAAGCUCUUGAGGCUGCUCGCAUUGCAUGUAAUAAGUACAUGACAAAAUUUGCCGGAAAGGAUGCUUUCCAUCUAAGAGUGAGGGUCCACCCAUUCCAUGUCCUUCGUAUCAACAAAAUGCUUUCUUGUGCUGGAGCUGAUAGGCUCCAGACUGGUAUGAGGGGUGCCUUUGGCAAGCCUCAAGGGACAUGUGCUAGGGUAAGUAUUGGCCAGGUCCUUCUAUCUGUUCGCUGCAAGGAUAGCAAUAACCAUAAUGCCCAAGAAGCUCUACGUCGCGCCAAGUUCAAAUUUCCUGGUCGUCAAAAGAUUAUUGUCAGUGGAAAAUGGGGCUUUACUAAGUUCAGCCGUAAUGAUUAUGUCAAAUGGAAGAGCGAGAACCGGAUUGUCUCAGAUGGUGUCAAUGCUAAGUUACUCGGAUGCCAUGGCCCACUGUCUAAACGUCAACCUGGAAGAGCUUUCUUAGCAUCUGCUGCCUCUGAAAGUUUCUUAAAAACAGAUCCUCUGAAGAUGGACUCGAGUUCCUCUCUUAGAACUAUAUAUUACUGAGUUACUGACACUUCCGGUUUUUGGAAAUGUGGGAAUGAAAUCCAACCGAAAUCUAACGCUUGGACAUUUCGGAAUGGAGUGGGCCGUUCCUGUCCCCCUGCAGGUAUUCCUGCAACCCAUCAAUUCCUACCAAAUGACGGCGACUCGAGGAAAAUUAGGGCUUGAACUACAAUGCCGCAUUUCACAGCUUCCGUUGUCAUUGAAUUUUCCUGUAACUGCAUCUUUAUUUUUGUUAUUAUUCUUUUACACUUUUUUUUUUAAAAAAAAUAGAUGGGUGUUGAUUAU